AUGGAGACUUUAGCCCCAUUCCAACCAUAUCACAGUCAAAGCAGAGAGCUGAUGACCCUACAAGUCAGUCCUGUUAAACUGCCAGGAGUAAGAACUUAUAUUGAUCCACACACCUAUGAGGAUCCCAAUCAAGCUGUCCAUGAAUUCGCCAAGGAGAUAGAAGCUUCAUGCAUCACCAUUGAAAGAGUUAUUGGAGCCGGUGAAUUUGGUGAAGUUUGUAGCGGACGUUUGAAACUUCCAGGAAAAAGAGAAUUACCUGUGGCAAUUAAAACCCUUAAAGUAGGCUAUACUGAAAAGCAACGCAGAGAUUUCCUGGGUGAAGCAAGUAUCAUGGGGCAGUUUGACCAUCCUAACAUCAUUCACUUAGAAGGUGUUGUGACCAAAAGUAAACCAGUGAUGAUAGUGACAGAGUAUAUGGAAAAUGGCUCUUUAGAUACAUUUUUAAAGAAAAAUGACGGGCAGUUCACUGUGAUCCAGCUGGUUGGUAUGCUGAGAGGCAUCGCUGCAGGAAUGAAGUACCUUUCUGACAUGGGCUACGUGCAUAGAGACCUUGCUGCCAGAAACAUCUUAAUAAAUAGUAACCUUGUGUGCAAAGUGUCUGACUUUGGGCUUUCCAGGGUACUGGAAGAUGAUCCUGAGGCAGCCUACACCACUAGGGGAGGCAAAAUUCCAAUCAGAUGGACUGCCCCAGAAGCUAUAGCUUUCCGAAAGUUUACCUCUGCCAGUGAUGUCUGGAGCUAUGGGAUCGUGAUGUGGGAGGUUGUGUCUUAUGGAGAGAGACCCUACUGGGAGAUGACCAACCAAGAUGUGAUUAAAGCUGUAGAGGAAGGCUACCGUCUGCCAAGCCCCAUGGACUGUCCUGCUGCUCUCUACCAAUUAAUGCUGGAUUGCUGGCAGAAAGACCGAAAUAGCAGGCCCAAGUUUGAUGAAAUCGUCAACAUGUUGGACAAGCUGAUCCGUAACCCAAGUAGCUUGAAGACGCUGGUCAAUGCAUCAAGCAGAGUACCUAAUUUGUUAGCAGAACAUGGCUCACUGGGGUCUGGGGCCUACAGAUCAGUAGGUGAAUGGCUAGAAGCAAUCAAAAUGGGCCGAUAUACAGAGAUUUUCAUGGAAAAUGGAUACAGUUCAAUGGACGCUGUGGCUCAGGUGACCUUGGAGGAUUUGAGACGGCUUGGAGUGACUCUUGUUGGUCACCAGAAGAAGAUUAUGAACAGCCUUCAAGAAAUGAAGGUGCAGCUGGUCAACAGGAUGGUGCCAUUGUAACUUCAGUUAAUUGUCACUUCGUCAAGUGAAUGAUUCUGCACUUUGUAAACAAGCCCUGAGAUUUAUUUUAACAAAAAAGGGGGUAAAAGGGAAAACUCAGUGAUUUCUAAACCUUAAGAAAGCGUUUGUUUCAGCCACAGAAUUUGUGAUCAGUGUUUUACUAAAAUCUCUUUAUCUUCCUCUCAAUAUCUUCAUUUUUCAUGAAGCAAAUAUAACCUGCAUGGAAUAAGAACAUGAGGCUAAACAUUAUCUUAUAUUACAACAAAAUCCUUCUCACUACUUCUACAAAAUUUUAUACAUGAAAUAUAUAACUAUAUAUAGCACCUUUUUUUUUUUUUUUUUUUUUUUUUGCG